AUGGACAGUUUAGAGAUUGAGGUUAUUCCAAGACCUGAUAAAGAUGAUAGAUAUACAAUUAAACCAUUAAAAGAUACACUUUCAUUUGAUAAAGGUUUCUUUUUAGCAGUUAGAGCAAUUCAAUCAAUAAGAAAAAAGAGUCAAGGUAGUGUAAUCGUAGUUGGUAUUGCUGGACCAUCAGGAGCUGGUAAAACUUCAAUUGCUCAAAAAAUCGUUUCUGUUUUACCAAAAUCAAUUUUAAUUUCAUUAGAUAAUUAUUUAGAUAGUUCAAGACAAAUUAUUGAAGAGAAUUAUGAUGAUUAUAGAUUAGUUGAUUUUGAAUUAUUAAAAAAGAAUAUUAGUGAUUUAAUUAGCAAUAAACCAACUGAUUUACCAUUAUAUGAUUUUACAAAGAGUGGUAGAUACGCAUACAAGAGAGUACAACCACCAGAAUCCAAAGUAUUAUUAAUUGAAGGUAUCUAUGCAUUACAUGAAGAGAUUCGUCAUUUAUUGGAUUUAAGAGUAUCGAUCUCUGGUGGUGUUCAUUUCGAUUUGAUUAAACGUAUUUUUAGAGAUGUUCAUAGAACUGGUCAACAACCACACGAAUCACUACAACAAAUCACCGAUACCGUUUACCCAAUGUAUAAAGCAUUCAUUGAGCCUGAUUUACAAUUGGCCGAGAUUCAAGUGGUCAAUAAGUUUAACCCAUUCGGUGGUCUAUUAAAUCCAAUCUAUAUUUUAAAAUCUGUUAAACAAGGUGUUACAGUGGACAUGAUUCAUUCAGUAUUAAAUAAAUCCACCAUUCAAGAGAACACAGCACGUUACUAUGACAUCUAUUUAAUUCCACCAAAUACUACUUUUGCAAACUCAUCAUCAUGUGAUUGGAUUCGUGUUCGUAAUGCCGAUGGUCAAUAUAGCAUUAUGUUUAGUGAGGAGAUUAAAGAAGGUCCUUUCAUCAUUUCACCACGUGUCGAUUUCGUCGUUGGUGUCAAUAUGUUGGGUGGUCUAAUGUCCUUGGGCUAUCAAAUGGUUGCAAUCAUUCAUAGAAAAUCAACAAUCUUUAAAGAUGGUAAAAUCAUUAUCUCUUAUGAUGAACUUGAAGAAUUGGGUCAAACAUUUGUUCAAAUCAAAGGUUUCGAUGCAACCUCUGUUCAAGAAGCUGGUAAAAAAUUAGGUUUGGAAAAUAAUUAUCUUCAAAAAUCUUAUAUUGAAUUAUAUCAAGAUAAAUAUAAAAAAUCAUUAUCUGAUAAUUCAACUGUAACAACUUUACCAAUUGGUGGUAUUAAUAAUAAUAAUACUAUUAAUAAUAACAAUAAUAAUAAUAAUAAUAAUAAUUUAUCACUUUCAAAUUUCAUUAAUUCAAAAUUAUAA